CUCCCCCACCCGACUCCAGGACAGUGCAGGAUACAGACGAGUUCAAAAGGAGUAGAUCUGAGCCUGCAGGACCCCCGGGGUGAAUCUGGAGCAGGACACAGCUCCCACCUAAACACUGAGUCUUCUCUGCAAGGAAACUGCAAGGGGGUGCAGCUGGAGAGGAGAUCCUGGGCUGGGGCAGAAGAACCUGACCCUGGACUAAGGCAGAAGAACCUGACCCUGGACUAAGGCAGAAGAACCUGACCCUGGGCUGAGGCAAAGGAACCUGACCCUGGGCUGAGGCAGAAGAACCUGACCCUGGGCUGAGGCAGAAGAACCUGACUCAGGACUAAGGCAAAAGAACCUGAUCCUGGGCUGAGGCAGAAGAACCUGACCCUGGGCUGAGGCAGAAGAACCUGACCCUGGGCUGAGGCAGAAGAACCUGACCCUGGGCUGAGGCAAAAGAACCUGACCCUGGGCUGAGGCAAAAGAACCUGACCCAGGACUAAGGCAAAAGAACCUGACCCUGGGCUGAGGCAGAAGAACCUGACUCAGGACUAAGGCAAAAGAACCUGACCCUGGACUAAGGCAAAAGAACCUGACCCUGGGCUGAGGCAGAAGAACCUGACCCUGGGCUGAGGCAAAAGAACCUGACCCUGGACUAAGGCAAAAGAACCUGACCCUGGGCUGAGGCAGAAGAACCUGACCCUGGGCUGAGGCAGAAGAACCUGACCCAGGACUAAGGCAAAAGAACCUGACCCUGGGCUGAGGCAGAAGAACCUGACCCAGGACUAAGGCAAAAGAACCUGACCCUGGGCUGAGGCAGAAGAACCUGACCCAGGACUAAGGCAAAAGAACCUGACCCUGGGCUGAGGCAGAAGAACCUGACCCAGGACUAAGGCAAAAGAACCUGACCCUGGGCUGAGGCAGAAGAACCUGACCCAGGGCUAAGACAGAAGACCCUGACCCUGGGCUGGUCACAAACAGUAGACCCUGAUCCUGAACUGGGCACAGGCAGAAGACCCUGACCCGGGCACAGGCAGAAGACCCGUGCUCUGUAGAGAAGACCCUUGUUCUGUAGAGAAGACCCUUGUUCUGUAGAGAAGACCCUUGUUCUGUAGAGAAGACCCGUGCUCUGUAGAGAAGACCCUUGUUCUGUAGAGAAGACCCUUGUUCUGUAGAGAAGACCCUUGUUCUGUAGAGAAGACCCUUGUUCUGUAGAGAAGACCCUUGUUCUGUAGAGAAGACCCUUGUUCUGUAGAGAAGGCCCUGGAUCUGUUCUCUUAGGACCACACUGAGAAGCAGGACUCGCUCUCCAAGGUGCUGAAGCUCCAGCUCAUCCCCAUCUCCAGCCUGGUCCUUGGAAAGUCCUAGGAUGACUCCCACCAGGGGAUGACCUGCCUUGGCUGCUGCAUCUCGUCACCAUCUCUUCUCCUCAGUCUCCCCAGAGCUGAAGCUUCUCUCUAUUUCUCCAGAUCGAUUUUACCAUCAUUGAGCUGGUUACACGCCAGAACCUUCUAUUGAUUUUCGGGUCUUCUCCUGAGGUCCCCCGACCACCCAGCUGCAGGACAGGAGACAGGAUCUUGGGCACUCUAGAUGGCACCAGAUCUGGAAGGAAUUAACUAGAGAAUAUUUUAUCUUUUUUUUUUUUAAUUUUUAGUUUUUUUUUUCCAGGCUCAAUGUUAAUGUGAAAUAAUACAAGGAGGCUGGAAUGGAAGGAUCGAACGGAUUUGGGAUUGACACCAUCCUGUCCCAUAGAGCCGGUAGCCCUGGGCUCGCUCAGGUGGACCCAUUGAUGGGGGACAGCAGGUCACCCCUAGAGCUCAGCCCCAGGUCAGAGGUCAGCAGCGUGUGUUCUCCUCCACCUUCACCGUCCAGAGAGUGUUUGGAGGCGGUCAGCACCAGACAAGGGUUGGCCCUGGGCAUCGAGUCCCAUCUCCAGCCCGGACUCUCUGCCCCUUCACAAUCCAGGACUGUCACUUCUUCAUUCCUAAUCAGGGACAUCUUAGCAGACUGUAAGCCCCUGGCCACCUGCGCCCCUUACUCCAGCAAUGGCCAGCCUGCCCAGGACCUGACCCACUGCCUGUCCGGCAAAACUGCUGAGGACUUUAGGGACAAACUGGAGAAAAGUAGCUGCUCCACCUCCUCAGAAUCUGAAUAUAAAGGUAAAGUAAAGGAGGAGGGGGAGCGGGAAAUCUCCAGCUCCAGGGAUAGCCCCCCGGUCCGGCUGAAGAAGCCCCGCAAGGCCCGCACCGCCUUCACCGACCACCAGUUGGCGCAAUUGGAGCGUAGCUUCGAGAGGCAGAAAUACCUGAGUGUGCAGGACAGGAUGGAGCUGGCGGCCUCACUCAACCUCACCGACACCCAGGUGAAGACCUGGUACCAGAACCGCAGGACAAAGUGGAAAAGACAGACAGCGGUCGGACUGGAGUUAUUGGCCGAAGCCGGAAAUUACUCUGCCCUACAAAGAAUGUUUCCUUCUCCGUACUUCUACCCACAAAGCCUUGUGUCCAACCUGGACCCAGGGGCCGCACUUUACCUCUACAGGGGUCCUACAGCGCCGCCGCCAUCUUUACAGAGACCGCUGGUCCCUAGGAUCCUCAUUCACGGACUUCAAGGUGGCGCCGAGCCCCCACCUGCCUUGCCCCCCCUAACGGGAGUCCUACAGAGGGCAGCACAGCCACGGUGAAGGGGGUCUACGGAAGCUAAACCGGGUGCCAAAUGACAUAGACUUCACCAAAACGCACCAGAGAACGGGUGACCUCAUCGGCGAUGGGGGAGCAGCGCUACAAAAACUUUUACUAAGACACAACUUUUUUUUUUUAAGUGACCUUGAGAGAUUUCGAAAAACUACGAAAAGUCUUGAAAAAGAAAAACAAAAAACAAAACGUUAAUAUGGUUUGAUCACUUAAUCUCAGAAACGGUAAUUUCCCGCAAAUAAUUUAUAUAUGACGUCAUCGGAAUUCGUAGCAUGAUGGAAGAACAUUCAAAGAUGUCAGAAUGUAAAAAACAAACAAACAAAAAAAAAAAAAAACGAUAAAUACAAAAAUGUCACCAACCAACAUGGCUGCCUUUAUUGUUGGUUGUCAACCAGGUUUCCCACAUUUGGUCGAGGAUGGGGGUAUAUAUUUUUUUUAAAUAUCUGGGGGUACAAAACUGCCCUAUAAUUUAUUGCUUGAAAAUGUUUGAAUUAUUGGAAAUCCUAGGGGGAGGGGUUGAGGUUAUGACAUUAAUUCCGGCAUCUUAUGUGGCAAAGGGGUCUUUGGGCCCAUUUAGUCACCAGGUCCCCCUAGAGCUGAAUUAGAAGUAUAGCAAGACCCUAAUGAUUUGAUUGACCAAUGGGUUUUCCGAAUGCUAAACUUUUUGUUCAUCUUCAUUUACACUGAUCAUUGUCAGUUUAGUGCAUGGUGUAAAGGGGCCCUAAUGUAAGGGGCCCCUGUGGCCCUUGCCAAGGUAUAAAAUAAUGAUUUCCUGAGGCCAAAAAAUUCACUGUGAUUUAAGAUCAGGCCUUCAUAAAACAUGAAUUAACUAAAAGGUUUUGAAUUAGCCAAUUGAAUGUCUCAGCCUGUAAGCCCCUCCCCAGAGGAUCCUUGUAACUACGGUUAAAUGUAUUUAAUACUGUAUACGUUGCUGCUAUCUCUGUAAGCCAGUGUAUCCCAACCAGGGUGCCUCUAGCUAUUACAAAACUACAUCUCCCAGCAUGCCCUUUGUCUGUUCUGGCAUGCUAGGAGUUGUUGUUUUUCAACAGCAGGAGGCACCCCGGUUGAGAAACACUGCUGUAAGCACUGACAUGUUGAUGUGAUCCAGCCAGGUUCAUAGGUCUGUGGUUCUAUAUCGCAGUGGAAAAAUUUUUAAAAAAUAUGCCCGAAUAUAAAAAACAAAAAAAAAUCUUUAAAUUAUUUGGAAAUUGUGAUCAUUCUGGAUUAACUGAUUUUAUUUCAGACUAAGAAGGAUCAGUGGUCUUCUGCCUGUACAUAGUCCUUUGUAUAUUAAGUGACCCCCCUCGUCUACCUAUUUAUAAAAUAAAAAAACACAACUAUUACAUUAUUAAAUAUGAUUUUCCCAGCAAAAAAAUGGGAACCGAAAAAAUUAAAAAACAGAGCUACAGAGAAAUGUAUAAAACCUCUUAUGUGCCACAAUAAACAGGUGUGACAGAAUUCUUUUUUUUUUUAUCACAUUCUGAGGUAGAUGGGAUUCUGCUCAUGAGAUUUUUGCAGGGGAAUCGCACAUUUUUGCAAAGUGUCCAGAGGAAUAUAUUAUAGGACUGUAAUAGGAUUGUCGCGUUACACAGUUUCUCUCCUUGCGCAUAACUGUCCAUGUGAGCAUGGCGAAAAAUGAAUUAGUGCCGGUGGCCAUUUUGUGACCUGAAACAGAACCAAGUCUUAUAAAUCACUUUGUCCCCUUAGAAAUGCAAAGUGACUUUGCUGACGCGCCAUUUUCUGCUGUGAUGUACGUCUUCAAAUCCAGCACUAGACCUUUCGUGAAUAUUAACCCACAAAAUGGCUACCUGCAGUCGGUAUAGUCAUGUCAUAGCAAAGCACAAAUAUGGUGUCAGCCAUCCAAUGACACGAUGGUAUAAGUACUUUUUAUAUUGCGAUUACCCAGCCAUGCCAUUUUAAAAUAUGGCGCAAAGCAUAUAUAUAAAUAUAUAUAUAUAUAUAUAUAUAUAUAUAUAUAGCGCCAUUUUUUCUGAUGUAGCGGUAAUACAUGAGCCCCAUACAUCCUCACUCAAUUAACGCAGAGAGUGGCCCAGAUCUGAUUCCAGUACUCAGAGGGAGACGCCACGCAUCCACUGAAAUGAAUUGGCGCUACAGAAAUGUCCAAAGUUAACUAAGACUUGGAAUGAUUGGGAUGUGGAAUGCCUAAUUUUGGUAUGUGGGAGGGGGGAUAUCAAUUACACUUAAGGGAAUUGUCCAUGUGAUAGAGUUGCCAGUGAUCCCUUCAGAGAAGAGUUUUCUGUAGUCCGGCACGGCAGAGGUUAACGCUUUGUACGUGUAUUUUUGAAGCGCUUGUGGACCCAAAUGUCAUCAAUCACUUAUUUAUUCUCUGUUCAAUGAUAUUAAAAUGCCGCAAAAUCAUUAAAAAACUA